GUCAAGACGGGCAUGCUGCCAAAUGCAGAGGUGGUGACUGCUGUGUGUGACUUUAUGGAAGCAGAAGCAAAAGGAGUCCCUCUGGUCGUAGACCCAGUUCUUGUGGCAUCCAGUGGGGACUCUCUAGCAGACAACCAAGCCCUGAAGUUAAUGCGCUCUCGCCUCAUCCCACUGGCCACAGUUGUCACGCCCAACCUCCGAGAGGCUGAGGCCCUGCUGCUGCUUCCGCCAGGGUCCAUCCGAACAACCGAGGACAUGAGGGCAGCAGCCAAGAAGAUUCACGCUCUUGGUGCCAGGUCGGUGCUAGUAAAGGGCGGCCACCUGGAAGGGGAAACAGCAACGGACGUGUUCUAUGAUGGAUCGGCCUUCCACGAGUUGUCGUCGCCUCGCCUUGCCACGACCAACACGCACGGCACUGGGUGCAGCAUGGCAGCGAGUGUUGCUGCAGGGCUGGCGCAGGGGCGAGGGGUGAAGCAGGCAGUGGUGGUGAGUGCAGGGAGAGGGGUGGAGAGUGGAAUCGUAUGGAGUGCAGGGAGAGGGGUGGAGAGUGGAAUCGUAUGGAGUGCAGGGAGAGGGGUGAAGCAGGCAGUGCUGGUGUGCAUGUGGGGAGGGGAUGGAGAGGGGGAUGGGGAGGGGAUGGGGAGGGAGGGGGAUGGGGAGGUUGAUGGUUUCCCUCCUCUCCACCUUUGCCCUGCUUUUACACCCUCCCUUCCCUCUUCCACUUUGCUCCCCCCUUCUCCCCUCCUCUCCUCCCUCAUCUCCCCCCUUCCCCCGCCUUCCACCCAGGACGCAAAGGCCUACCUCUCCCACAUCCUCGCUAAGAGCCUCCCCAUUACCAUGGGCAGCGGCCUGCAGGGCCCUCUCAACCACCUCCCCCUGGUGUGCCGCUUCGGCCUGCCAAAUUCACGUGCAGCCUUCCACCCAGCCCAGCUGCGGCUGUACGCAGUGACUGACUCUAGGAUGAACAAAACGUGGGGGCGGAGCGUGGGGGAUGCGAUACGGGAGGCCAUUGCUGGUGGCGCAACCUUCCUGCAGAUCCGGGAGAAGGACAUCGAAACUGGUGACUUCAUUCAGCAAGCAGCAGAGGCAGUGGCAGUGGCGAGGGCGCACGGCAUCCCGUUGGUGAUCAACGACCGUGUGGACGUGGCCCUGGCAGUGGAUGCAGACGGCAUUCACGUGGGACAAUCUGACAUGGAUGCUGCUACAGUCAGGCAAAUUCUCGGCCCAACGAGAAUCAUCGGUGUCUCGUGUAAGAGCCGCGAGCACGCGGAGAAGGCGUGGCGGGACGGGGCGGAUUAUAUCGGGGUCGGGGGUGUAUUCCCGACAAAUACCAAGGCGAAUAACAAAACGAUUGGCGUGGAGGGGCUUGCGGACGUGUGUCUUGUAUCGAAGCUCCCGGUUGUGGCUAUAGGGGGGAUAAAAGGAGGGAACAUUUCAGAUGUGGUGAAAGGAGUGGCUAAUGCUGUUGCCUCUGGAGCAGGUGACUCAGAUAGGUCAGCACCUGCAGGUGAAUCUUCAGGUGAAUUUAGAGACAUGUGGGAGGGGAGUGCGUGUGGAGCAUUGGGAGGGGUUGCUGUGGUGUCUGCUAUUUUUGACCAGGCCAAUAUUGUGGCAGCAACACAGGGGCUGGUUAAAGCCCUGGAUGCUGCGGAGGAAGGCACACCGUUGUGUAAAUGA